AUGGAGUUUGUGGCUUUGGUGACAGUUUGUCUUCUGAUCCUCCACUGGCGAAUGGCCUAUGCAGACCCUUCUGCUCCGCUCUUCUCUGUGUCCCCAAAACAAGACAUCUACACAACCGGGGACUUGAUAAGCCUCACGUGCUUGGCUCCUGACAAACGUAACAUGUCCAGGAUCAUCUUUCUCAGUAACAAAUGGGUACUGUAUUUCCACAAUCCCACACCUGCUGUAGACACUUUCAUGCAUUCCCUGCACCUAUCUGCACAAGACAGCGGAGACUAUUCCUGCAUGUACUAUGUCCUGGAAUCUGGACGGGAGAUCCCAUCCCAGAGAAGCAGCUCCAUCUUUAUUUCCGUGAUGGAUCCUCCUCCUCCUCCAGUGCUGAAAAUAGAUCCUCCAUCCAGAGUAGUGAAUGAAGGUGACCCCUUGCUUCUCACUUGCUCAGCCAAAGAGAACCACAUCAAGAAAAGCUUCCAUUUCUAUAGGGAUGGUGUCGAGAUGGUCCCCAGCAAUGAUGGGUCUCUGCAGGUCUCCAGAGAACCUGGGGAUACCUCCCCAAAUGCUUCUGUAAGCAUCUGGCAGGCCAGCCUCAACCACAGUGGGGAAUUUGCUUGCAGGUACAAGGAAAAAAUGAGCAGCGAUUGGAGAGUCUCUCCGUGGAGUCAGAAGGUGUGCAUCACAGUUUGGGCAUCAAAUUCCUCUGCACCACCACUGCUCUAUGCAUGCAUGGCAAUUCCACUGAUGAUCCUGAUGGCUCCACUUGCUUUUUAUUGUGGGAGAAAGACGAGUGAAUGCAAACAAGGAAACAAGGAGGAAGCAGACACGGAAUACGUUGAAAUGUUCAGCCCCAACUGGAAGCCUCACAGGUUGUGGACCCCAGCUCAGCCCCAGUCGUGA